UAAUGGUGCCGUCUUAUGACGCCAUUAUUAUAUGGUGUAAGAAGCAGAACAGAAAAGAACACAAAGUCAACUGCGUCACAACGGCAACAACUCCACCAUGUUCUUGUACUUGCUGGUGUUAGUGCUGGCAGUGAGUGUUGCACCAUGUGAUGCCGAAUGGUGUAGCAGCUACACGUGGGGUGGUCAUCAUCAACCCGGCUUUAACUGCCCGGGCCGUUAUGAUGACUACGAUGAGAUCUACUGCUGUGGAACCAGCAGGAACAAGUACUGUUGUGACGACUGCUGGGACAAGGUCUACGGUGCCUGCCAUCGAUUCAGUGUCGGCGGUAAGGUGGGAGUAGGCCUUGCUGUAGGAGGGGUCCUGUUCAUCGUGUUAGCCUUAGGCUACUGCUGUCGGGCCAAACAACUACGGCAGAGAAACCGUCAGCGGCAGACGGUGUCCACGGUACCAUACCCCGACCAGGAGCAGCCUCGGUACCCCACAGGCGCGAUGUCCUACCUCCCACCCCCGGCAGGCGCAUCAGCGUACCCACAGUCUUCUCCCACGGGAUACCCCCAGCCUCCCCCGGGAGGGUUUGUUGCCGCUCCCCCACCCUACCCUGGGGGAGAUGCCGCGUAUCCCCCUGCGUACCCUGGUGGCUCUGGAUAUCCAGUGAAACAGCAGCCUUGAUAUAUACUAUAUCAUAUCAUCUAACAGAGUUAAAUAUUAGUGCCGUUAACAUAAUCAUAUCAUGUUAUACAAUACCGCCGUGUUCAUUUGUCUUUUUUCUUUCAAUAAACAACUUGAAGAGAGUGCAAAUGUUGUUUUUAACUUACGGAUUACCAUAGUAACACAACAAGAGUUGUUCAUAAACUAGUAUUGAAAUCAUUAAUGUUUGUCCUGUUCUUAUUUGCUAAUAACUGACUGUCACAGUUAUCAGUUUAUUGUCACGGACAGACUCAGUUGACCUUUGUUCUUUAGUAUUUUUCAACCAAUGUGUUAUGCUACCAAUGAAUCGAUGUAUACGUAUCAUAUUAGAGUUGUUAGUAAUAUUAGUUGUUAUUUUUUGUUCGAAGAUAUAGCUAUAAAUCUAACUAUAUCUUGAACUAGAGAUAUGAAUAUCGACUCGUUAAAGUGUAAUAAUUAUUGAUAUGUGUGUGUUUGUGCAGUAUAUUAGUCAUACUUUUCAUCAAUUUGUUCCUUAUUGCUAGACAGUAUGCACAUGCCUCACUCCUAUGCUGGCUAGCUCCUCAGAUAUGCUAUCUGUCUAUUUGGUCGAUUUCUACUAUUUUUCCAAAGCCAUAUGGUGUCUGACAAAGGGUUGUCUAUUGUGUGUAUUUGUCACGCUUUUCUUUUCCCCAUCAAUAUUAGUGAACAACUUAUUGGUCCCAACCUAUCACAUAUAACUACCACCAACGUCAAUAUUUUCAUGCGUGUCAGGGGCUUUGCUGUUUCGUUGUUUUACUGUUUUUGUUUCAUUCUACAACAUGCCUGUCUUUAAUUUGAUUACAAAAAAAUGAUGUCAAGCAGUAUAAUGAAGGUCAAAACAAUAAACGUGUGCAAGACAA